AUGGUCAAAGAUUAUGAUACUAUUGAAACUCUAUUUCAAUUACAAUCGAACCAUAAUACAGAUAAUCCGUAUUUGAAUGACACCUCUGAAGAGAUUGAAGAUGAGAAGGAAAAACAAGCUGCUAAGAUUACUGUGAUUAGUGAUUCUGAAAUUGAAGAACGAAUUGAACCAAUAGAUGAUGAACUAGAAGAAGAACAAGAGCAAGAAGAUGAGGAGGGCCAUUUGAAAAGAAGAAAUGUUUUUGUAAGAAUUGUUGAUUCAUUCAAGAGACAAAAGGUUCGUAACGAUGGUGAGUUUGCAGAAACAGAAACACAACUAAACAAGACAAUGAAACCUCGUCAUAUCGUUAUGAUUAGUCUGGGAACUGGUAUUGGAACUGGGCUAUUAGUUGGUAAUGGACAAGUAUUAUCCAAGAGUGGACCUGCUGGUUUGGUUAUUGGGUAUGGAGUGGCUUCUAUCAUGAUCUAUUGUGUUGUGCAAGCUGCAGGUGAAUUGGGAUUAGUCUAUUCGAGACUCACUGGAAACUACACCACUUACCCUACAUACUUGAUUGAUCCUGCUGUAGGAUUCGCAGUGUCAAUGUUGUAUACAUUACAAUGGCUAACAGUAUUGCCCUUACAAUUAGUUACUGCGGCAAUGACAAUCAGGUAUUGGACAACAAAUGUGAACCCAGAUAUAUUUGUUGCUGCGAUCCUUGUGUUGGUGAUUGCCAUCAAUAUGUUUGGUGCCAAAGGUUAUGCUGAAGCAGAAUUUUUUUGCAACUGUUGUAAAUUACUUAUGAUGGCAGGGUUUGUAAUAUUAGGCAUUGUUAUCAAUUGUGGAGGUGCAGGAGAUAAAGAAUAUAUCGGUGUCAAGUAUUGGCAGACACCAGGUGCGUUUGCUAACGGGUUCAAAGGUGUUGCUGCAGUGUUCUGUUAUGCCGCAUUCAGUUAUGGUGGAAUCGAGGUCUUGGUACUUACAGCAAAUGAACAAGCAAACCCAAGAAAGGCUAUCCCAGAUGCAUGUCGCAAAGUCGUCUACCGAGUGUUGUUUUUAUACAUGUUAACCACAAUCAUCGUUUGUUUUCUUGUUCCCUACAACAGCCCUGCAUUGCUAGGCUCCAACAAUGAUGGAAGCGGUAGCGACGCGUCACCAUUUGUCAUUGCAGUAGCUUCACAUGGAGUGCAAGUGGUCCCACACAUUAUCAAUGCAGCUAUUCUGAUUAGUGUUAUUUCAGUGGCCAACUCUUCGUUGUAUUCUGGGCCAAGACUUCUUCUCUCAUUAAGCCAACAGGGCUACGCACCAAAAUGUUUCAACUACAUCGAUCGUCGUGGCAGACCUAUUAUUUGUGUACUCGUAUCUGUGGCAAUGGGAUUAAUCGCGUUCCUUGCAGCCAUUCCAGCACGCGAAGAAGUGUUCACAUGGCUACUAGCCGUCUCUGGGUUAUCUCAGAUUUUCAUCUGGAUGUCCAUCACAAUUUCACAUUUACGUUUCCGUGACGCUAUCCGUUCACAACUGGGGGGACUCCGGGCAAGAGACGUCGUCGAGUAUACUGCCCAAACAGGGUAUGUAGGCUCGCUAGUCGCACUUGCCAUCAGUAUUUUCAUUCUCGUUUGUCAAUUCUGGGUUGCCAUUGCACCGUUGGGCCAUAACGGACAACUAGACGUGCAAAUAUUCUUUGAGAAUUACCUAGCGGCCCCAGUCCUGCUCGGUGGCUACCUGGCCUACAAGAUCUGGCACCGUGACUGGCGUCUAUGCAUUCCAGCCAACGAGAUCGACCUCAGUGUACUACCACUAGCACGUGAAUCACCACAAGACUCGACUAGCUAUCAUAGUAGCAAUAUCAGCAAUAGUAGCAGUGACGAUAGCAAUGACCUUAUCACGGUCAAUCACAAACCACUUUAUUGA